UUGCAAAUAUAUGCAAUGCAACGGUGAAGAAUUGCCGCGCUCGGCUAGUCCGUCCGUUUCGCUAGGCUAGUACAGACAUCAAACGAGAGGAACGUGUAAUGAAUUCUGAUUGAAAUGAUGACAUUUCAACCCGACUCUGCCGGUGCGACUUAAUCUAAAAAGGGCUCUUACACGCAAGUCAAGCUUCUAUAGAAAACUUUGCUGUUGCAUCCAUGAUGAAGGUCUUGAUCACUUCCACCGUCGCUGCACUCGCUACGUGCGCCAUCGCUACAUCUUACAGCCUCUCUUAUGAUACCACCUAUGACAUGGGAUCCAACUCACUUAACACGGUGGCCUGCUCAGACGGCUCCAAUGGUUUGGAGUCGCGUGGCUACACCACUUUCAACUCCAUUCCCAACUUCCCUUCCAUCGGAGGUGCACCCCAGAUCACGGGCUGGAAUUCGCCAUAUUGUGGGUCAUGCUGGGAAAUCACAUAUACUAGCUCGUCGGUGACCAAUACCAUAUACGUUACCGCCAUUGAUGUCGGUGAUGAGGCACGGGAUGGGUUCAAUUUGUCACUGGAGGCUAUGAACGACCUCACGGGUGGUCAGGCUGAGAAUUUGGGGCGUAUCACUGUGACGGCUACCCAAGUUGAUGAAAGCAAUUGUGGUCUGUGAGACCGUGAAAUUAAGGUGUGCGAGGAAAAUGUUUGUUGCAGUCAAUGAGUUUCCUGGUCAUCUUUGUAUGGAUAAUAUGGAGAUUCGCAGAGACAUUGAUAGCAAGCAACACACAUGUACUUACCUCAUUUUUGGAAC